AUGGUGGCCACAUGAGCGACAUGGCGUCUAUGCUAGAGCCUCCCACAGCAUCUGCACCGCCGACAAAGACGACCUUCGAUUCUUCGGAAGACCAGACGCGUCCACAAAGGCCUACAUCGAUGAUUCUCCCCAGUACGCCCAAGGUCUCUGCACAUGCGAGAUCAGUUUCAAGCGGCAGUAUUACCGGCGGCGGCAGCGCAGCAAAAAUUGCUGAACUACUAGGCGGCGCAAAAGAAAAGGGCACAAAGAGCCCCACGAUGACGGUAAAGAACUCUGCCACCAGAGCUGUGCCCACAUCGCCCUUGGCUGUCGAGGUUCCGCGCGAGGAUCCUAUUCCCGCUGCCAUGAGCAGCCAGAAAUCCAAGCACAAGCCCGAACCACUGGACACAAAGAUCUCCGCGCCAUCCACCAAUGCGUCGGCGACGAACGAUAAUGGCGGAUGGGGAGACAUGGUGGAGUCGCCGGGCGCAUCGAGCCCUGCGCAGCCGCGCUCCCAGAGUCCGUGGCAGACGGCUACCAGCAGCUCUUCCCCUGACCCUGCUCCUGCCCAAACGAAGCCCACGAUUUCGCUCGCUUCGCCCCCGGCGCGGACGACACCGAAGCUGGCAUCUCUGGACACAGACGUUGGCCCAAGAGCGUCCGGGUCCGCGUCCGGGUCCGCGACCGCCACCAAUGCCAACGCUGCCGACAACGACGACGAUGAUGAAUGGGGCGAGAUGGUGCAGUCGCCCGCGCCCACCUCGCCUGCCAUGUCCUCGCCCGCCUUCGCCGCCGCGCCAUGGAACAUCUCGCGCGGCCCCUCUGCGCUCAACACGCCUCUGCGCGUCCCGACGCCGCUGCAGCGUCCGCACCCGCCAAGCCCACUCGUUCCUAUCCCCAUCCGCUCGACCACUAUGCCCAGCACCAGCACGAGUUCGUACUUCUUUCCGCCCGCCUCGGCCAGCACCACGCCCUCAAUCGCCCCGUCCCCGAGCCCGAAACCAAUGACGCCGUCGCAUGCGCCGUCCGCGUCAAUGUCAAUGUCGAUGUCGAUGUCCUCGGCGAUGUCGUCGGGUUUGCCGCUCCCGCCCCAGCCCGCCACGCCUGCCAACCCGCCGGAUCCGUGGGCCGAGGUGGACUUUUCGAUUUUCGAGAAGCCGGCCAAGACGGCGUCGCCGGCGUCGUCCUUCCGCUCCCAGGCCCCGAGUCUGGGUGCCUUGUCGAUGCCUCGACAAGCGUACUCACCUGCCCACAGCCGCAACGCCUCGAGCCCGGUGUGGUUGUCGUCGCCGCCGCGCGCAGCUGGCUUCGGCAGUCCGCCACCAGCGACUACGGCCGUGACGUUCGAUCAGAUCCUGCAGCCCGCAGGCAAGAUGACAGCGGGGCCGACGUUUGACGCUAUUCUGGGACAGGCGAACCCGGCGCCCGUGACUGCGGCUGCAGCACUUGGGUCGCCGGCUUCGAGUGCGAGUGCGGGUAAGGCUGGGCACAGGCGGAAUGAUAGCGAGGAGAAGGUGCCGAGACGAGCGAGCGAUGUUAGCGUGGAUGAUUUGGAAGAGUUUGGGGCGAUGGGGAUGAGUGGGUUGGCUAGUCCGCCGCCGUUUGUGAAGGAUUUGGAUAAGGUGAGGAGUCCGCCGAGGUUUAAUGCUGGGAAGGAGGAGGUGGUGCGCAGAGUGGUGAGUGGGUUGCCGGAUUUGGAGUAUAUGUUGAGGUAGGCUGUGCGUGGGAUGGGGGUUGUGUGUGUGUGUUUGUGUGUGGAUACCAUUGGAUAAGCGUUUUUUGGCUUUGGUUUGGAGGUGGCGUUGGUUUUGUGCGCGGUGUGUGCUGUACGUACGACUUGUAGAUAGGUGGCGUGCGUUGCUUUGGAGAGGGUGAGUGUGGUUGUGUUGUUUGUAUAAGAAGGGGGAGAUGGCUGAGUUGUAUAUAGAUGGGUAUGGAUAC